GAUCUUACAAGUGAGAACAUCGCAACGGGGUUGACAGAAGCAGUGGCUGCUUGGAGCCUUGAUGCAGGACGUCAAGUCUGCAUUACAACAGACAAUGCAGCCAAUAUGGUCAAGGCACCCGCCCUGAACAAGUGGACCAGGCUGCAGUGCUUUGGGCACAGACUGCAUCUUGCUGUUGAAAAUGCAGUAAAAAAUGAACGCAUCAACCGUGCUACAGGUGUCUGCAAGAAGCUGGUGUGUCACUUUUCUCACAGCUGGAAGGCCAGAGUUGCUCUUGAAAAAGCUCAGAAGGAACUGAAUCUACCAUCACAUUCCCUCAUAUCAGAGUGCCAAACAAGAUGGGGUUCUAGACAAAUGAUGAUGAGCAGGAUACUAGAGCAGCAGAAGGCUUUAACACUGGUCCUGUCUGCUGAAAAGAAGGUACGGCAUCUAAUUCCAACCUGGCAAGACAUAGAUGUCCUGGAAUCUGUAAGUAAGACUCUGGGUCCACUGCUGGACUUCACGGAUGCCCUUUCAGGCGAAGACUAUGUAAGUGUCUCCUAUGUGAAGCCAGUUCUUCAUCUCUUUAACACUUCAAUUCUGCAAAGGCAAGAGGAAGACACAGACCUGACAAAGAAGCUGAAGAGUGAGAUUUUGGACUACCUCAACGAGAAAUAUGAAGAUGAAGCUACUCAGGAGCUGCUAAAUAUGGCAUCUUCUUUGGACCCUCGGUUCAAGAUGGAAUUCAUCAGUGCAGACAACAAGCCCAAAGUCAAGGCCCGACUGACAUACAAAAAUGUAGAUUUCAUUUAAAUUAAGAGAUUUAUUUGACUACAUUAGAAGGGUUGAUAUUGUUCAAAAGGUUAACUUUAUCUUUAUUUGUUUACACACCAGCAGAUGUUUUACUUUGGCCCUGAAAAUGUUAUUUUAAAACCUUUAGUUUGUGAUUCAAAGGUGCCAUGUGGAUAUUAUAACUUUAUUUAAAUUAUGUUAUUAUUUUAUAGCACCAUAACAUUUAUUUUACAAUUUGUAAUAUAAUAACUUGACUGUUAAAUAAAAGGUUCUCAUGUUAAUUCCCUA